AUGCCUUCCCUUCUUGAUCUUUUUGAUCCAGGCGUGGGUUUGACCGCGUUCGCUGUUUCCGUUUGCCUGAGUGCGGCCUACUACUUCUGGUGCCGCUUCCUGGAGCAUCUCAAUGACCCCCUGAUUUCUCACGGCGACCUCCUGAUGGAUUUCGUCGUGUGUAUCAUCUGGCUUGGGUUGUCGCUCAUGUUCUCUUUUGCCUGGUUGGAGGGAGUCCGCCGCCGUCUUCAUUACCGUCGUGGCGACGAUGACCACCAUGGAUCUCCGUCUGGCACCGGCUUCGGCUCGAGCUCUGGAGCUCACCCUGGCUUCGCUUCUCAGCGAUCCAAGGAUCAGAAGCGAGCCUCUGGUGACAGAGCUCGCACUCGGUCCAAUGCUCAUGGCGCACCUCACCGUCGUGUCUCUGUUGCUAUCUCUGUUGCGCUCUGCGCUGUUCUGAUGAUCAUGCUAACCAAAACGCUUACUUCCGUCCAGUUUGUAUCUUCGCGUGGCAAUGAGUACUUCUGCGAGAUCGACGAGGAUUAUCUGACCGACCGUUUCAACUUGACGGGCCUCAAUGCCGAGGUCCCGUACUAUCAGUACGCGCUCGACCUCGUGACGGAUGUCUUUGAUCUCGAUGCAGACGACGAUCUGCGUGAGCAAAUCGAGAAGUCCGCACGUCAUCUCUACGGCCUGGUUCAUGCUCGCUACAUCGUCACUACCCGUGGUCUCGCAAAGAUGCUCGAGAAGUACAAGAAGGGUGAUUUCGGCAAAUGCCCGCGCGUUAUGUGCGACGGACACCCGCUUCUUCCCGUCGGCCAGUCUGACCUCCCCAACAUGAGCACUGUCAAGCUUUACUGCGCCAAGUGUGAAGACACGUACAACCCCAAGUCCUCCCGCCACGCUUCCAUCGACGGUGCCUAUUUUGGUACCUCGUUCCAUUCCAUUCUCUUCCAGGUCUACCCCGCUCUCAUUCCCGAGAAGAGCAUUCGUCGUUACGAGCCUCGUAUCUACGGCUUCCGCGUGCACGCCGCUGCGGCUCUCGCCCGCUGGCAGGAUGUCGAACGCGACCAGAUGCGCCAGCGCCUGGCCGACUUUGACGUCGAGGCCAAGUUCAUCGAGGACUCCGAGAGUGACGACGAGGCUUUUGACUACGAGGAGGAAUCCCCCCAGGGCGCCAAGAACGAGAAAGUUCUCGGAGACACUGCCUCUGGCCGUAUGGACCUCGCUAAUUAG